CAGAGAUAAUAAACGGGAUUCCAGUAAAUAGUACUUUUGACAGUCGGGUGAACACCGACAUGACUACGGAAUUUCUCGUCCAACUGAGCGUCCCUGAUGACCUGGGAGAAGACAUAUGGAAACCCGGGGAUACCACCCAACAAGACUACGUAAAAGAUUGGGAGAGUAUUUAUCGAGAAUUUGAUGGUCAUUUAUCGAGACUUUCGGAGUUAACGUUUGUCGAGACUUUGGGUGAGACCUCACUAGAGACUUGA